AUGACAACCCUGCGUUUGGACCAGCGAGCAGGUAAGACGUGUGGAAACGUGCUCUGGAGAGUGAUCCCUUUUCCCGUGGCAGUUCGGCAUUUCACAGAAGGAAUUGGAGAUGUUAUCGUUCAUGAGUUUCCGGGCAAGAGUGAACGACCGAUAUCUUUUGCAUCGAGGGUGUUCAAGAAGCACGAUGCAGGAUAUUCCGUGAUCGACAAAGAAGCACUGGCCAUCUAUUACGGAAUCAACAAGUUCAACACUUUCCUGCAAGGACGGCACUUCAAGCUCAUGACGGAUCACAAGCCUUUGACAAGCCUCUUUAGUCCUAAGGGUGUUCCGGAGACAGCAGCUGGACGUUGGCAGCGAUGGGCAGUUUUCCUGUCGAACUGUGACUACGAGAUUCAACAUGUGAAAGGAGUUCGAAACGUUCCAGCGGAUUUUUUGUCAAGACACCCCAUUGGUAACGACGGAAGCGAAGAAGACGAGGACGAAGCGGUAAGUUUCCUGAAUUUUGUGGAAGUUGAGACUCGUUCAUUGGUGGAGCGCAAGCAGAUCAUCGUCGAAAGCCGCCGUGACAAGUUGUUGAGCCGUGUAGCUGAAUACGUUAAAUCUGGUUGGCCGCAAAUGAUCCAAGAAGAGGACCUGAAGGUUUUCCACCGGAAGCGUGAUGAGCUGAGCGUUGAAGAAGGAGUUCUACUUUGGGGCUACCGGAUUGUAGUUCCAACCAAGCUGAGGAAGUUUUUGCUAGACGAGCUCCAUUCAGUACACCUGGGAAUCGUGAAAAUGAAGAGUUUGGCCAGGUCAUAUUUUUGGUGGCCAUCCCUGGACAAAGAAAUCGAGGACAUGGGUAAGAAGUGCGAGAUGUGCAUGCAGCAGCGACCAGAGCGAAGCGAUCCAAUUUCCCCGUGGCGUUUAACCAGCGCCCCUUGUGAUCGAGUCCACGUUGAUCAUUUUUCGUUUCGUGGUGCUGAGUUCCUGGUGAUGGUGGAUAGACACAGCAAGUGGAUCGAGGUGUUUCCAGUACGCACGCUGACUUCGAAGGAAACAGUGGAGAAGAUCUCCGAAUUCAUCGGCAGAUUCGGUUCCAUCGGUACACUGGUGUCCGACAACGGGACUGCAUUUUCUUCGGAGGAGUUUCAAGAUUUUUGUUCAUCCCGGGGGAUCAAGCACUUGCGGACAGCACCCUACAGCCCUUGUUCCAAUGGUGCUGCAGAGAACGCAGUCAAAACAGCCAAGAACGCGUUGAAGAAGCUAUCAUCGGAUCCGGCGUUCCAGCGAAAGUCGGUAUCGUUGCAGUUGAGCGCAUAUCUGGAGAUGUAUCGCGCCACCAAGCACGCGACAACCGGUGAAAGUCCCUUCAAAUUGAUGUUCGGAAGAGAGAUGAGAAUCCGUUUCGACAAGCUGAAGGUAAAUCACGAAAAACGACAACGCGAGAAGAUUGAAGAACACCACCUCAAACAGAAGAGAACGGUAUUCAAGAUUGGUGAGACAGUCUAUGCAAGAGACUACCGAAAUCCGAAGAAGCCACUAUGGGUACGAGCAAAGAUCGUCAAGAAGAUUGGAGCUGUCCUAUACGAGUGCGUUUCGGACGAUCUAGGAUUUAUCAAGCGCAGAAGCCAUCAGUUGUUGAAAUACCCUUUCGAUGACUAUGACGACGAAGCAAGACAACCCACAGGCGCAGGUGCGCAACCGAAUGAUGCAUCUAGUGAAGAGUCGGAAUACGGCUCGUUGGGCAAGUCAGACACGGAGGAGCGGGCCAGACAGCAACCACCACCGGCCGGGUCGUACGUAACUAGGUUCAAUCGAGUUGUGCUGCCACCACGGCGCUUGGGGGAAGAGUAG